AUGUAUUAAAAUCUCUAAGCUUAAUAACCUAAUUCCAAAUAUAAGACCCAAUUGUGUCGUCAUUUUAGUACAAUUUUUAUCAAAACUAAGUAACUAUUGGUUCUUGUGCAUUGGGAACUAGAUGUUAAUUCGCACAUGGAAGAUAGGAACUUAGAACCAAUAAUCAGGUUAUGACAAACUACAUUUAACCUAAUAUGUAAUAAAACAAUCAAGUAGGCACACAAAACAGAGUUCAAAAUAUUAAUCCAAUGAUUGCAAAUUAUAAGAGUAUUUAAUUUAUAUAUGAUUUUAAGCUUAAUUAUGUAAACACUUUAAUCCUUAAACAGGAUAAUGUAAAAAUGGUUCAACUUGUACAUUUGCUCAUGGUGAAUAAGAACUAAAUUAAAUAAACCCUUAUUUAUAAAAUCAAUACAUGUAAUUGAAUAUUUAUGUUAUAUAGGUUAAUGCAAAAGUAAAUAAAAUAAUAAAAUUAAGCUACUUUAUAAGCAGAACUAACUUAAUAAAUUUUAAUUAUGAUACUUACUAAUAUGGAAGCUAUUUUCCCUGGAUAAAAUGUAAAAUAUUUAUAAAUAUAAUAUUCCCUAGAAUAUUCUUAAUUUAUUAAGAUUAGGAUAAGAAAAAGCAAAGUAAGGAGAUAAUCAAACAGCCAGUGAAAUAAUUAAAUAAAUUAUACAUGAUGAAUCAAGAACCAAAGAAGAAAAAAGUUAAUACUAAUUAAUUUAUAAUAAUGCUCAAAAUCAUUACAAUCAAAAAUUAAAAGAAUGUAAUAUGUGA